UAGAGAAAAGGAUUUCACCAGAGAUUCUGCUUCAUGUGUUCAGAACCCCCUUCUGGUUGUGAUUCAGCAACACAAAGAGCGUAGGCAGCCGAGGCUAAUUCUAAUAUGAGUAUUAAGUAGCUGGAAUAUGGAUUUCUAGGCUGAAGGUUAUGCUAGCGGCUCUCCCAGCCCCACCACUCCGAGCAAUGAUUUAAAGAGGAAUGUGUUUCCCCUGAGAUUUUUAUCCGCGACAUUUUCAGCUUCCCCCCCUCCCUCCCUUAUUUACAACCUGGUUUUAAAUGUUCAAUGAAAAUGUGUUAAAUUUGUGUAGGUUGCCAAGUGAUUAAGUGAGGAGGAGGCGGUGAUGACGGCAGCAACAAUUGAAACUAGGAUUUGUAAAACGAAUCGGAUAAAAUCAGUGAGAACAGGCUUUGUUAUUAUUGACAGAAUUCAACAUCGGGUUAGCUCAAUAACAAAAUGGGCGAGAGGCCCUCUUUGAAGGUUGCCAAAAUACGGGAAGGUGAAUUUGAAAUGUAUUGGAAGGUGUCGGUGAACUCAGCAGAAUCAACAAAGCAAGCUUGGUUAUCUUGCCAAGUUGAAGUAAAAGUCAAAGUCUUGUGCAGUUCCGGCCUUGUUAGAUUGCAUCUCACAUACUCCUCUCAGUUUGAAAACCUAAGUGCUGGAGAGACACAAAAGAGACCCACAAAGCCUGCUGAUUUAGUUUUCUGAUGUUAGUCAGCGUCAAACAUAAGGUUUUUUUUCGGGGCGGGAGGGGGAAUCUAAAAGGCAGGUUGAGUGAGUAAAGAGAAUAGAAAAACUUAAGUUUAAAUAGGGCAUUAAAGUGGAACGGGUUUAAACUGAUAAGACAAAUUUGUAAAUUGUGUUGGAACUUGUCAGCCUUGGUUUAGUCGGUAAUAUUUCCAGUUCUGACUGAGAAGUUAGGUUUAAGUUUCAUUCCAAGUUUAACAGAUUAGGUUGAUAUCUUAGUGCUGCGUUUUGGGUGGGUCAUUUAAACUGAAGCCCCACCUACCCUACCAACUGGAUCGAAGAGAAAAUACGAGUACAAUUUUUCAAGAUCACAAAAACAUUUCUCAUUUGCUGCUGGAACAAGUGGGAUUCUUUGAGGAAAAGUGGAAUGCUAUGAUGGUGGAAGAGUUGGGACAUGUCCUACCUUUGAAUGGAAAAACAGGUACAUAGCCAACCAGAAAUGGGGAACUAUGGCAGUCAUUCUCUUGGGAUUCCUGCUGGGAAAGGACCAAAUCUUGUCGGAUGUAUUGAUUUGAUGGAUGAUCAUACAAUUCGGGGGAAUUUUUUACGCUUGUACUACCCAUGUGAACCAAGUGGAAAGCAACAAGAGCCACUGUGGAUUCCUAAUCAUGAAUAUUACUAUGGGCUUGCUGAUUUUCUUAAACAUAACAGAAAAUUUGUUGACUAUAUUUUAAACCAUUUAUAUGGGUCAUACAGCAUUCCUGCAGAAUGGGAUGCCCCAUUUAAAACUGGAAGAUAUCCUUUAGUCAUUUUCUCUCAUGGCCUUGGAGCUUUCAGGACUCUGUAUUCAGCUAUAUGUAUUGAACUGGCUUCACGGGGAUUUGUAGUCGCUGCAGUGGAACACAGGGAUGGGUCGGCUUCAGCCACCUACUACUAUGAAGAGAAAGCGAAAGCAGUCAAUAAAGUAGGAGAAUCAACCUCCACUAGCAGUUCAGCACUUCCUUUAGAUCAGUUACAGAGGAAAUGGCUUUAUUAUAAGCCACUUAAAGAGGGAGAACAAGAAUUUCCACUACGGAAUGACCAGGUACAUCAGAGAGCAGAAGAGUGCACCAAGGCCUUAAAUCUGCUUACUGAUAUAAACAUGGGAAAGCCAGUCAAUAAUAUAUUUCCAGUGAAUUUUGAUUUCACUAAAAUGAAGGAUUCUCUCGAUCUGCACAAAGUAGCUAUCAUGGGCCACUCAUUUGGUGCAGCCACAGUUAUUGAUUCACUCAGCAAAGAUGUUCGGUUUGGAUGUGGAGUGGCAUUAGAUGCUUGGAUGUUCCCACUGGAGGAUGAGGUAUAUACCAAGGUACAGAAGCCAAUACUGUUCAUCAACUCCGAAAAAUUCCAGUGGGUUAUUAAUAUCCUGAAAAUGAAAAAACUUGAUUCAAAUGAAAUACAGCGAAAAAUGAUUACAAUCAUGGGAACAGUACAUCAGAGCUUCCCUGAUUUCACAUUUUUGACCGGCACUUUCCUUGGAAAGAUAUUUCGAUUAAAAGGAACAAUAGACCCCCAAAUAGCUAUUGAUAUUAGCAACAAAGCUUCUUUAGCAUUCAUGCAAAGACACUUGGGUCUUGAGAAGGACUUUGAUCAAUGGGAUCCCCUAAUUGAUGGGCAAGGAGAACACGUUAUACCAGGCACAAAUAUUCAAUUGCCUUCUGAGCCCAAGCAAUGACUCAUGAGUUCUGAAUCCAAGCUAUGAAUGUUGAGUGUACUGUGGUAAAAUAAAAAUAACUAUCAGUGUGAAUGGAUUUAUCUGCACUGAACACUCGCAUUGUGCAAAACAUUUGCCUUAUGAGAUCUUUAAAAUUAGAGUUUAAGGAAUGUGUCCUCAGCCAUAAAAUACAAUUUACCUCCAGAAUUAUUUCUGUAAUUUUGUGUGUAAAUCCAUGCAUCUUUUGCAUGAAUAAUAUAACAUUCAUGUACAGGUCUAAUAUUCUUCCAGGGCUCUAAAACAGUGGGGCUCCAAGUUGGAGUAACUCUUAUUGAUUGUCUCAAUUUUAAAAUUGAAUUGUAUUAUACUGAGUUUUUAAGGGUUUCAAUUAUUGCAUUCAGUAUUUUGAAAUUACAUUGAACUAUUUGCAGGUAUGAUGCACAUUAAUUUAAUCUGUAUGUUUUCCUAAAACUACUGUUGUGAUGAAGCUAAACGUUCACCUGUGAUUAGAACUCAUUAAGAAAAAAAAUUCUUAAAACCAGAAUUAGUGUAUAACAUAAGUUUUUGGAAACAUAAAUGAUUAUUUUAUUCAGAUUUUCCUUGGCUCGCUUGUAUGCUAAAAUUCAUUUACAAUGAUUGUUUACAUCUUUUGUGUCCUUUUUGCUGCUCUUAAAAUUUUUGAUCAAGGUCAGCUCCUUCCAAACACAUCAGUGGCACUUUGUAUUUGCUAUUGACUGUCAAAUACCAACCAAUUUUCUCUUCAUAACAAAAAAAACCCCAAAAGAACUAAGGAUGCUGGAAAUCCAAAAUGGCUGGCAAAUUUCAGCAUGUCUGCCAGUAUCUGUGGAAAGAAAGCAGAGUUAACAUUUGGGUCCCGUUCUGAAGGGUGACUGGAUAUGAAACAUUAGCACCAUCUCCGGGAAAUAGCAAUGUUUCCUGUCCAGUGACCUUUCAGAACUGGACCCAAAAUAUAAAGUCUACUUUCUCUCCACAGACGCUGCUGAGUUUUCCUAGCUAUUUAUUUUUAUAACCUUUUCUUCAUUCUGUUGUAAAACGCGUCUGUGACAACCUAUACAGUAUCGAAACAUGUGGCGCUGGAAAAAGUGCACUAAGGUCAGGUAGUGUCCAAAGAGCAGGAGAGUCGACGUUUCGGGCAUAAGUUCUUCAGGAAUGUGUACGUUCCUAUACAGUGGCAACAUUGUCUCUGAUGUGCAAAAUGAUAUGGAAUAUUUAUAAUCUAUGAGUUGAAUAGAAACACAAUUUUUUUUUCAGGGAAUUUCUAACUGCAUACACAACAAUCUAAUUCCAGAUGCCAGUCUUUCACCCACAGAAUGAAGAUAUUACUUUGGCUGCAGAUAAUGUACUCAGAAUAACGUGCAUAAUUUGCACAUUUGUUUUAAAAUGCCAGUGUAUGGAAGGGAGGAAACCUGGGUUUCAAUUCCUGAAGAGAUCAAAUAGCUUCUUUGGCCUAAUAAUACAAAGAUUCUACUUUCACUGCCACUUAUAACCAAUCACCCAUGAAGUGUCAAUCCAUUGAUUGGAACAGAAUGAAAAUCAGAUAUGAGAAUGGUAGCUUAAUGCACACCACCAGCUUAACAGCCCAGGUAGCAUAAAGUAUUAAUGAGUUCAUUCUGGAGUUAAUGAUUUAAUGACUUCAAUUUGGUAGCAGUCUCCUUUUUCACUUUUUGUAUUGGUCCCCAAAAUAUUCUUCAGUCACCACCUAUCUAGUAAUUUCCUGUUUACUAAUGAUGUAAUUAUACUGUGUGCUGCCCUGCUGGUAAAUAGAAGCCAACCCUUACAAAAGUAUGAAGAUGAACAGAUCUUUCUAAGCAUAUUUACUACCAUUUAGCUAGCAGUGUUUAUAAUGAUAAUGGUUAAUCAAAUUGUUGACCUUGAUCUAUAAUCUUAACUAAGUUAUAGGGAGUAUUUGAAAUACCUGACAAUAAAAGUUAACUUUAAGCCUUAAUCUUAAACUUCUUCAAUUCAUGUCAAUCUGUACACUACACCACUUGUCUAGGAAUUUUCCUAGAUCCUCUGCUCAAGGAAAAGAUGGGAUUUUCAUAGGAAUUUUCCUGAAAUCUACUACAAUCUCAGUCAAAGGAACUCCAGGGAAAAUAGUGCCCUCUUUACAUUCUCAAAGAUGGUACUGAGGCAAUGGACAUUAUCUCUUUAAGAUAUAAUUUGAACAGGUGAGGCAGAAAAUUGAUUAUCAAGGAAUGAGACCAUCUGAUCAAUUAAUUUGACAGCUCUCCUUUCUGCUACUCUGUCAUCAAGCUUCCUCUCUAAGACUCUUCUUACAUAUGCCUGGAUUUCUGGGGUUUUUUUCUCUUCCCUAUUGCCCUUUCUGAGCUCACCUUUAUAUAUAAAAUCUACUGUCUCUUUCUCUCUCUUCCCAAGAGACCUCUGACCACCCAACUUUCUUAGCUGUCCAGUUACGUGAUACUCUCUCAAGUAAUGUUCCUCUCUCAUUCAUAACUGCUAUUAACCUUUUUCCCUCAAAUUUACCAUCCCAUUUCCAACCUCUCAUUUCCUUAAUUGUUGUUUUCACAUCCUCUAUCUGUCCCAUUUUCUAUUGACUUGCAUGUUAAAUCUCUCCAGUCAGGAUUUUUCUCCCUGAGCACAGUACCAAGCAUCUCUAAGACUCAUAGAAACAGACCCAUCGGUCCAACUCAUCCAUGCAAAUGAAUCUAGGCCCAUUAAAGCAUCUCAGGUUUACUGUGAAAGAGACAAAAUCCAUUAUUGUUCUGUCCAGUAGCUUUUCACACAGUUGGUUGUACAGUCAUUUAACACCUCUUCACUGAAUAAACUGCAUUCAACUGAUUUUCUUAUUUAGCUGCAACCAAAGAAUUUUCCUAAAAUUGAUUUGCCAUUCCUGCAGUAAUUUCCAGUCUACUAUGGUGAUCAAUUUGCCUCUUUGAUAUCACCCUCUUCAGAAAGUUUCCGAAUGUACGCUAAAGAAAGAGCUCUACCUUGCCACCAUCUCUAGUCCAUUGCACUUAUAAAUUGGCAGACUCCAGUACUGGAUUUUCAAAUGUUUUCAUCAAGUACUGAUUUACCAUUGUCUUUGGUCCAUUCUACAAACUCUGAACCCUCGCAGCUGUCAGAAAUGGAACCAGCCUUGGUGUCACAUUUUACACGGGGAUGAGCUUUUAACACGGAAACAUUGCUUGGCUCGCUUGACCUUGGCACAUCUUCAGCUGAAACCCUAAUCAGUGCCUUUGUUACCUCCAAAUAUUCUGUUGUACUGUUCACCAGCCUUUCACAAUCUACCGUGUGAAAACUUAUAAUCCAAAACUCUGCUCUAACUUGUAGUCAGUACCUUUAACCCAUCACAUUAUGCUCGCUAUUGUACACUAGCUCAUAGUUAAGCGGCACUGACUUUAAAAUUCUUGACCUUGUUUAGUCUUUGCCUGGUCUUGCCUGUAUUUCUAAUCUACAAACCCACAUCACAUAUCUGUUCUCCAAUAUUCCUGAUCUCCUAAGUACCCAAUUUUAAUUACUGUGCUAUUGAUGCCUGUGUUUCAAACUGGAAUUGCCUCUUCUAAACUUCUACACUUCCCCCUUCUUUGACUAACCUUUUGUUUAUCUGUCCUAGUAUCCACCUUACGAGAGUUAGAGCUCAUAAACAAAAAUGACACUGUGAAUUACCUUGGAAUUUUUGAUAUCUGAAAGAUGUUGUGCAAGCUGUAAAUUCCUCUUAGGCCAAGAAUAUUAGUUAUAAAAUUAUUGUUUUGACACGAAUUUGAGUUUCAAUGUACUAGUCUAGGUUCUUCAAUUAGUGUUUCAUUAAUAUUAUCUUUGACAAAAUUAGGAUAUAUUUAAAAUCUUUAACAUUUGUCAGUGAAAUGUGGUCUUGGUAUGUCCCAAGCACAAAAUGCUACAUCAUAAUGCUACAAAGUGCUACGUUUUUCUCUUGUUCAAUUAAACUUCUAUUUUUUCAA